CAGCGCAGAACGUGUCCCUACUGGCGUCUCAAAAUAGGCAUUCAUCUGCAGAGGGUUAAGACAGUGCCUUUUUUUAAUUUUGUUGCUGCAUUUUAGGUUAUUUUCAGGUGAGCGCGGCCCUCUUCGAUUGCGAAAAUGCACGCAAACAAGCCGGGUGUAGACACGACUAGAAUCUUGGAGAAAGGGCCCGGCUAUUUUCGCAAACACAUGGAGCGCGAAGCGGAGGCCAAGGGGCGGGAAAGCCGGCCGAGCGCCGUGGAGAGGCUCGCGGCCAGCAAGCCAAAGUACGUGAAAAGCCCGCAGGUGGCGGAACGAAGCCGCGAGCCCGCGGCCACCACCAGGUCUCCGUCCGCGAGCAGCAACGGAUCUUCGACGCGGAGCUCGAGCGGCAGGCUGAGGACGCGCGCGCGACAGGACGCGGAGCCCCGGCGGCGGGAUCCGUCACCCGCGGCGCGCAGGAGCAGCUCGAAAAAGCAGCGGCCGGACUCACUUCGGAUAUAUCGUCAUAAACACGAGAACGUGAAGGAAGCCGCUAAUGACGCCGGCGACACGCAGGGCAAGUUGGUUCGAAGGCUUUUCCUCAACUCUCUGAAAGAGAAGGCAGCUCCCCCGCCCGACCCCGAGGGAGCGGAAAAGCAACGGGGACCGAAGCGGAGCGACAACACGUGCGUGGACAGUUAUAGUAGUAAAGAUCGCGAGACGGGACCGGCGGCUCGGACAGAACGCGACCCACUGGCACCGGCACUGCUGGGCUCAGGGAAACGCGUCCCGAACCCGCCGCCGCCGCCGGCCUCAGAAGAAACCGAGAGCAGACCCCGGAGAGGGGUGAUCCGCUCACACUCGGAUAUAAGUUCGAGGUACUCCAGAAACUUCUCUGAGUUCGAAACCUUCUUUAAGUACUGCGGGCUGGACAGCAACGUGGUCGAGGCUCUGGGUAAGGAGAACUUCUCCGCGCGCUCGGACGAGCUCGAGCACAGGCUGCGCAGCGUGAGCACGUCGACGUCGGAGGACGGCUUCGCGCGCCGGAGCGACUGUAGCGACGGGCUGCUCGAGGAGGAGCUCGGCGAGAGCGUCCGGCAGAACACGUCGGUGAUCGAGCGCAACGCGCGCGUCAUUAAAUGGCUGUACAGCUGCAGAAACGCCAGCGAGACGGGCAAAAUGUUGCGGGAUCUCGAGUGAAACCUUCCGUGUUUGUGUACUACGGUCGGGUGGUUUAACCUCGGUCCGCUCACUUUGCCUUGCCGUUGCCUUAGGCUUAGCUUAGUUUACCUCCGCAGUCCACGCGAAAAACAAAAAGCGCAGCUCUCUUUGCUUUCCUCAUCUCCCCGAAUGAGCUGCUUCUCUAUUUUGUGGUACUGCAUGUAACUGCUCAUCAUAUAUUUUAAUUUAUUAAUGUAUUUUUCUAACCAGUUUUUUAAGCCGGAAGUGGAUUUCACACUUCUUAUUGACCUUAUUUUCCCUAAAAACUUAGAAACGCAAUCUUAUUAAAGGUGUCUGUUAUUACAAGAUGUUGCUGACCAAUGGUCUACUGACUGACUCUCUGACAAUAAUUUAUAGCACUAAUAAAUUGUCAUAUA